UCGCUCCAGGACGACCGGCGGCCGUCACGUCGGUUACGACUUACCAGCUGUCAAGGCAUCGAUUGCGAACGCUUUUUUAUCUCUGUCUCGAACUCGGAGCAAGGGCGUUUCGCGUUCCGUAAACGCGUACCGUCCUCCGGGGAAGAGCCCUCGUGACAUUGUCUCAACCGCGCCGCGCAAACCUGGCUGGAAAUGGACGGUAACGCCCGUCGCAGCACGCCACCUCAAGUGGAUGAGGAUACCAGUGGUGAGACGUCAAAUCAGAAUGAAAUUCCCACCGCCACAAAUGUGGGAUGCCGCACCAUCGUCAUGCCGUUUCAGUUUGAAAUACUCGGCCAUUCCGAAGCAUCUACUGCUGCUGCACAGGCUACGACUGCAAAUCGAAUGUCUGAUGGGGAGGAGAUUCCACCUCCAAAACCAGAUUUCUCUGCACCACCUCCUUAUGAGGUAGCUACCAAAUUACCCAGUUAUGAGGAGGUUCAGCGUGAAAAGACUCUACAAGGCGAGCCACAGCCUCAGAUACACAUGCCAGGAAAUAUUAGACCACCACAACAGCCUUUAACAAUAUUGGCUAUAGAUACUGAAGCUGCAGAGGGUGAUCCAGAGAGUGGAUUGCUUGGCACAGACUUUAUGUUCUUCACAGCGUUUCUUGUUGCAUUCCUAUUUAAUUGGAUUGGAUUUUUGUUGCUGAUGUGUUUCUGUCACACCAUUGCCUCUCGUUACGGCGCGCUAGCUGGUUUUGGAUUGUCCCUAACAAAAUGGACUCUCAUUGUUAAACACUCCACUGAUCUCGCUUCGCGAGAAAACUCAUGGUUGUGGUGGUUAAUAAUGGCAUUUGGAGUUCUAAUUUGUGUACGUGCCAUCAUUCAAUAUUUAAACAUCAAACGUGGCUGGAGACUACUGUCCGGGAGCGCACAGGAACGUCUACUUUUUUUCUAUUGAAAAUUAUUAAAUCUGCACUUUUUUUUCUUUAUUCUACUUGGCUUUAGAGCAAACAGCAUUUCUAUGUGGGGUCAUAUUUGUAUAAUAUAUAAUCGAUUUUCUUAAGAAAGAGCAUCGUGUAGACCGUAAUAAAUGUCAAUCGUAUUUACAUAGAACGAAAACAAAAUUAUUUGCCAAAUUCGCUGUGCGAAAUUAGACGGAUAUAGUAUGAAUAAAAAGAACGAUAACGAAAUUAAAUUAAAAAAUCAGCCUGUUUUUUGCAUAUACACGUACAAACGUUAUUUUAUGUGAUGUUAUACAUAAUAAGCUAUGGGGAAAAAAGAAUGUACAUUUUUAUUGCUCAAAAUAAUAGGAACAAUGCUUUAAAUCGAUGGUUUUAUUCAUUUUAAGCGUUGUUUAUUUGAAUGCAGAUCACUGAAGAACGUAAACGUGUGGAGUGCAUGUCAAAUCGCAACUUGUGCAGAAUUGACAAGUUAAAAUGAAUCGCAUCAAGAAACGAAAUGUAUGAUUCAUUAUUUCCGAAUAAAUGAUGAACAAAAGUUUUCUAAUAGUAUAAUAUAUACAUUUUAAUGUUAGAGAGCUUCUAGAUAUUGACUACUUACUAAAUAUGAUAAGUGUAUUAAUAUUUUGCUUGUUUUAGUAUUAUAAUUUAUAUAUACAUAGCGAGAAUUCUUAUCGAAUAAGAAUUCUUAAAAUAAAUGAAAAAUAAAUAUACGCAUAUGUAAAAUUUAUUAUAUAAAGCGAUAUGCGAUUACACGUUAUUCUGUGAAAAAUUUCAUUGUUAUACUCAUUACAGCGAUAAAACAGAAA